AUGUCGCCGAUCUCGUCGAGGAACAGGGUGCCGCCCGCCGCCUGCUCGAACCGCCCCCGCGUUGCGCUGGGCCGCGCCGGUAAAGGCGCCGCGCUCAUGCCCGAACAGCUCGGCCUCGAUCAGCUCGCGAGGAUCGCCGCCAUGUUGAUCGCGACGAACGGCGCGGCACGGCGGGGCCCAGAUCAUCAGGACGGUCAGGUCGGUGGCGACCACCCGCGCGAUGAUGCGAUAGACGCUCUGCAUCGCCUGCGACCGGCCGAUCAGCGGCAGGGCGCGAUCAUCCUCGCCCAAGCCAUCCUCGACCAGCACGCCACCCCGGGCCAGCGCCCCUGCGACGGCAUUGGUCAAAGCAUCGAGAUCGAAGGGCUUGGGCAGAUACUCAUAAGCGCCGACUUCGGCCGCACGUACAGCGUCGUCAGGGUAUUCUGGGCCGACAGGAUGAUGAUCGGCAGUGCGGGGAGCGUGCGGCUACACCGCGAAUAUGGUCGAUCCCGUCGCCAUCAGGCAGGAUCACGUCGGUCACCAGCACAUCCGGCGCCCCACCGGUCACAGCCGGUCGAGCCGCGCCAGCGUCUCGACGGUCGUCACCUCAUGCCCUGCGCGGCGCAAGGCCUGGCCUACGACGGUGCGGAUGGCGGCGUCGUCAUCGACGACCAGCACAUGGCUCAUGCCCGGGCCCCGGAAGCAACAGGCGCAGCACGGUCAUUUCGGGCGAACCCUCCCCGGCAUAUUGAUGAUCCUGUUCAUGUCGCGCGCCAGCUUGUCGACAAGGGCAAGGCCCAGCCCCUGCCCUUCGCGACGGCCGGAUACGAACGGGUCGAACAGAUGGUCGACGAUAUCGGACGGUGCACCGGGGCCAUUGUCGAUGACGCAGAUUUCGAUCGGCAGCGGCAACCGCUCCUGUCCUGA